AUUUCCACGCUAGACGUUGUACGCCGCAGUACGUUUGAAACGCUCUUUCUCUGUGUCGUUGUGCGCUGCCUUCACAGCUCUCGUGUGCUCUGCUCAUUUUGCAAUUGAUUUUUUUCGUUUUUUUGUUGUGUCCAAAGGAGAAAAGUAAUGCAAAUAACGUAUACAACUUGUUUAAACUUAAAAUCAAACACUAACUCAAAGUGAACACGAACAAUAAUCUGCAACUGCACUAACAAACAAACAAACAAGCAAGCAACAAUAACAACAACAACUAGAACAGCAGCCGCAACAGCAAAACUAGACGACGAAAACGACUCCAGCGUUCAAAUAACUGUUAGCAAGAAAACAAAACAAACGAAAUAGUCGCAAUUAAUUGUGUAGCUAAAGAAACAGAACAUAUCCUGGUUCAUCAAGAGCGAGAAUCCUUGCCCUAAGAAGAAGCAGCUAUAGACGAAGGAGUUGCGCCGUGUACAGCGCGCGCAUAUAAAACAAAAGAAAAAAGAGAGGGAAUUCAAAUUCAAAUUUGCGGAAGAAGCAGAAUUUUAACCGAAACAAUGGACUUUAUGAUGGCAAAUACAGGCGCCGCCGGCGUGGACACACAAGCCCAGCUAAUGCAGAGUGCAGCGGCCGCUGCGGCGGUGGCAGCCACAAAUGCCGCCGCGCCGGUUCAAAGUGCAGCAGCGGUGGCAGCAGCGGCACAAUUGCAACAGCAGCAGCAACAGGUGCAACAGGCGAUAUUGCAAGUGCAGCAGCAGCAGACACAGCAAGCGGUUGCCGCUGCCGCCGCUGCGGUGACGCAACAAUUGCAGCAGGCGCAAGUGGCGCAGCAGGCGGUGGUGCAACAACAACAGCAGCAGCAAGUCGUGCAGCAACAGCAGCAGCAAGUGCAACAGCAGCAGCAGCAAGUGCAACAGCAGCAACAGCAACAGCAGCAAGUGCAGCAGCAGCAACAGCAAGUGCAGCAAGCUGUGGUUGCCGUCCAGCAACAGCAGCAGCAACAGCAACAACAGCAGCAACAGCAGCAGGUGCAGAGCAACACCAAUGGCAACGCUGGCGGGGCACAGAACGGCAGCAAUGGCAGCACAGAGACGCGCACAAAUCUCAUUGUCAACUACUUGCCACAGACGAUGACCGAGGACGAGAUCCGAUCGCUCUUCUCCAGCGUGGGCGAGAUCGAGUCGGUGAAACUGAUACGCGACAAGUCGCAGGUCUACAUUGAUCCACUCAAUCCCCAAGCGCCCAGCAAGGGCCAGAGUCUCGGCUAUGGCUUCGUCAACUAUGUGCGUCCCCAGGACGCCGAGCAGGCGGUGAAUGUACUCAAUGGCCUGCGAUUGCAGAACAAAACGAUUAAAGUGUCAUUUGCCCGACCCUCCUCCGAUGCCAUCAAGGGCGCCAAUCUGUAUGUGUCUGGGCUGCCCAAAACGAUGACCCAGCAGGAGCUGGAGGCGAUCUUUGCGCCAUUCGGUGCGAUCAUUACCUCACGCAUUCUGCAGAAUGCCGGCAACGAUACACAGACCAAAGGUGUGGGCUUCAUCCGCUUCGACAAGCGGGAGGAGGCCACCAGGGCGAUCAUUGCGCUGAAUGGCACCACACCGAGCAGCUGCACUGAUCCCAUUGUUGUUAAGUUCUCGAAUACGCCCGGCAGCACCAGCAAGAUCAUCCAGCCGCAAUUGCCCGCUUUCCUCAAUCCGCAACUUGUGCGACGCAUUGGCGGCGCCAUGCACACGCCUGUGAAUAAAGGACUCGCCCGCUUCUCGCCCAUGGCCGGCGACAUGCUUGACGUGAUGCUGCCCAAUGGCCUGGGCGCAGCUGCGGCGGCGGCAACAACGCUCGCCAGCGGACCUGGCGGAGCGUAUCCCAUAUUCAUUUACAACCUGGCUCCCGAAACCGAGGAGGCGGCGUUGUGGCAACUGUUUGGCCCAUUCGGGGCGGUGCAAUCGGUGAAGAUUGUCAAGGAUCCCACAACGAAUCAAUGCAAAGGCUACGGCUUUGUCUCGAUGACGAAUUACGACGAGGCGGCCAUGGCCAUAAGGGCACUUAACGGCUAUACCAUGGGCAAUCGUGUGCUGCAGGUCAGCUUUAAGACCAACAAGGCAAAGUAAACACCGCGACUGCAGACAGCAGACAGCAGACUGCAAUGCCACAGGAGAGCAAGUACACCCCUCAAAAUAGAAACAAAAAAUAAAAAACACCCUUAACUACACAAUACAAUUAUCUAGUUGACACAGAAGCAGAAGAGCAGAUGCAGAAGAAGCAGAGAAGAACUCACGUAUACAUAUAUAAAUAUGCAUGGUAUCAACUAAACUGGUAACUAAGCGCAACAAAAAACAGUAUGUGUAAAACACACACACACACACACACACAUAUGCAAACAAACACACACAAAGACGGACAGACAGACUGACGGACGGACAGACAGACAGACAGAGAGAAAGAGAGGCGGGCUUUUAGCCCAAGCCGAGGAGAAAAAUCUCGUCUAAACAACGAAACGGCGGCCAAAACGCCGUUGAGGCCGUUGCAAUAGCGAAAUUCUUGUUUAGCAUUUAAGUAAGCGAAGAACCUAAACUAAACUUAACUUGAGACAUCGUGUCGAUUGCAAUAUUUAACAAAACAAAACAAAAAAAAAAAAAACAAAAAAUACGAAAAAAACAACAAAAACUAAACAAAAUUAGUCGCAAAGCAAAAAAAUAACAAAGAAAUCUACAAAACAAAAAAAAAAAAAACCAAAAAGCGAUGAAGCAAAACCAAUGCAUAUUAAUAAUUAUUUAUGAAAUUUAACUAGCAAAAAAAACAAAAAUUUUUAAAAUUAUUAACUAAGAAUAAGCAGCAAUGAAAUCUUCCAGUAACGAAAAGAAUUAACAAAAUGCAAAUGAAAUGAACAAAAACCUUAAAAGAAGCUGUUAGUUACACUCCAAUUUUUCUACGAAACAAAAAUAACAAGAACAACAAAAAGAAGAUAAAAACUGCAAGGAAAUGAAGGAAAUUUCACAAGAUAUUUCUGGAUUUUUGUGACGAGUCGCGUUAGAGAUUUGUUUUCCCCAUUUUCUCGGCUAGCUUAGAAGCAAAAUGAAAAGUAUUCAAAAGAAAAUAAGUAAUGGAUAAACAAACACAUACAUGGAGGCUGCUACAGUAUUACAAAAUAUAUAUAAACAAAAAAAAAAAGAAAUUAAUGAAAUUUAAUAAUUAUUAUACUAUAUACAAUAGCGAUAUAUUGACAUAAAUGUAUAUUGUAUUUAAAUUUAAAUUUUAAUGUUUUGUGUUUGUUUUUAUACAUAUGAAAAACCAAGCUAAUGCAAAUGAGAGCCAAGCGAAAAUCCAAUAACAAAAUCUAGCGUCCGACUCGUACACACCCACAAACACAGACACAGACACAUACACACACACACACGUGAAAUACACCCAACACAAACAUGGUCACAUUGAGAAAUGACAAAUUGCAUGAAGCUGGAGAAAUUUUUUGAUGGUCAAGUGUGCAAAAUGCAGCGAUAACGAUAACGAUAACGUAACCAUAACGAUAGCAAUGCAAGCAGUUUACGCGAAUAACAAACAAGAUAAAGUUGAAGAGGAAGAGGAAGAGUUGUAGCAGAAGCUGAAAGGAAGUGAAAGUGAAGUGAAAGAAGUAGAAGCGAAGAAGAAGCAGAAUACAGCAGCAGCAGAGCAGAAACGAUAACGAUAGCAGUAAUACAAUAAUUUAUGCGCAAAUUUGAAACAUUUUACUAAAGUAAAUAAUUGUUAGUGAAUAUUAUACUAUAAUAUUUAUAUAUACCGUAUAUACUUUAUAUAAUGUAUAGUAAGCGGCAUAAGAAAACAUUUGCUAACAUUUUUAGAGUUUAAAAAGAACAAGAACAAAACCGUAGCACAAAACUCAGUAACUAAAUAAUAACAACAACUUGAAUAUGAACAUUUUUUAUAUGACAAAAGUUAAAAAAAAAAAACAAAAAAAAAAAACCCAAUAUAUUAAACAGCAUUAGAAAAGCGUUUUUCUAGUUAAGUAAGUUUAACUUUUUGUUAUAAAACUUGAAAGAAAAAAAAACGAUGUGAAAAUGAAGAAAAAUUCAAAAUGACGCUUUGCCCUCGCUGCCUAUUGAAAAAGAAUGAAAAUCGAGGUUAAGCAGGAGCAGGAGAAUAAUCAGAAGAAGAAGAAAGAGGAGAGUACAGUCGCGUUCAGUAUUAUGUGGUACUGUGCGGUACCGUUAAGUUCAACCGUCUAUCUAUCGAUAACAACCACACACACACACACACACACAGUGAACCCUUUCCAUACAACACUUCGCACAUCCAAUGAUCAUUGAUCUUUGUGCAAUAUCUGCGUUUUAUCAUUGCUUACACACCAAACCAAACCAAACACUGACACACACAACAUAUUGUUGAUUUCUUUGAGAGUUUCUAUAUUUGAGUUUUGAUUGAUUGGUAUUUUUGUAUUUGGUAUUUGGUAAAUGCGUUUUGUAUGAUUUCUUUGUUUAUUUGUGUUUUUGAACAUAAUUGAAAGCGCUCGUUGUUAUUAUUCAAAUUGCAGCCAUGCAUAUUUAUUUAUUGUAUACCAUUUAUGGAAAGAGACUUAAUUAGAACAUGUUUCUUUUUUCCAAAAACAUAUACCAUACAUACAUGUAUGUACUUCGAUUAAUUUCAAUAAUGAUUUUUUUAUAGUAGGUACAAUACGUCUAGUUACAAUUAAUUUAUGUCAACACUACCUAUUUUAAGUUGUAUCCAGAAACAAAAACAAACAAAAAAACAACAAAAAAAUCCAACGAAAACACUGAUAACAACAAAUAAGAAAUACCUUAACACAAGAUCCUUAGCAAAAAAAAGAAAGAAGAGAAAAUAUGUGGAAUGCAACAAAAGCGAAAAUUGCUUGUGUAUAAACAAUAUUCAUAAUUAUAAUUAUUAUUAUUUUUUUCAUAAUUAUAGGAAACAAUUUUUUGUUUGAACAAAAUUUGCAACAAGAAAUCUAGUCAGCAAAGUGAAGGUAAAGCAAAAGCAAAAGCAAAAGGAUAUCGAAAGUCAGAAAGGUGAUGAAUUGAGGCAGCCACACGCCAUAGAAAAAGAUAUACAUACUAUAUAUGGUAGAAGAAGAAGAAUACGCGUGUAGACAAAAAAAUGCUAAAUAUUUUCAAUACGAUUAAAAGAAAAUUUAUAUUAUUAUAUUCUAAUUACAAAUAUACCAUAACUACCAUAUAGCAAAAAACAAAAAUUGAAAAUAACAUUUAAAACAACAGCAAGUAGUGCAAGCCCCGAACCCCGAACAAGGAGAAUGAAAGAGAUCCCAGCAUAGAAAACCCUUCAAGAUGAUACUAUCAAAUGAUGAAAAGAAUAGAAAAGAAAACUUAUAUUCUAGCUAAAAUUUAAGCAUAGCAAAAUUGAGCGCGCCAGUCGAUAACAAACAAAGAAACACACACUUUUAAAAAAUUUCAUGACAUACACAAACAUUUAUACACGAGCGAAAUUUUAAUUUAUUCACAUUUCUUUUGUAAUGUCGAAAUAUCCAAAGAUUUAUUUUCAUUAUAUAUAUAUAUAUAUAUAUAUAUAUAUAUAUAUAUUACAAUAUUAUCGUAUAUUAUGUAUUAUUCCCGUAACUGUACUAAUUUCUUUAAUGAAAUGAAGAAGUGGAAGAUUGAUAGCAAAAUGUGUGCAAAAUGAAAAAAGAGAAAGAGAGAGGGAGAGAGAGGGAGAGGGACCGAAGAGAGUUGUCUUUUAUUUUGCGUGCUUAUUGCAUACAAAUGAAUUUGCAAUAAUUCUUGUGACUUUUAUUUAUGCAUAUGUCUAUGUAUAUAUCAUUUAUAUGCAUAUAUAUCUGUAUAAAUAGAGUGAUAGAAGAUGAAUGCAUAUGGAAUGAAUAUGAAACCAUUUAAUGAUUAAGUGAAAUUAUGUACUUGAUUUUGUUUAAUUUAUUUGUCGAUCAUAAUCUUUUUUCAAUUAUACUAUUAUUACGUAAUUAUAAUAUUGUGCAAUAGUUUUAAAAUGCAGCAAACAACAACAAGAACAACCGCAAACAACAAAACAUGCAUCUCAGCUAAAUUACAAUUAUAAUUUUUUUAAGUCUUAAAACAAAAUUAAAAACAAAAAAAAAAAACAAACAAAAAACAAUCUAAAAAGAAUGCAUAGAAACGAAAUGAAAAGUAAAUCAUUUAUGAUUAUGUAACUUGAAUAUAUUAAUAUUAUUAUUCAAAAGAAUACACAAUAUAACAAUUAUUUUUUUGCGUGUAAUUUACGAAUUAAGGAAAUUUGAUAUAUUUAUAUAUAAUAUAUUAUAUACAUAUAUGUAUAAUUUUUUUCUUUACCUUUAAGUAAAACCAAAACAAAAGCAAACAACAACAGAAACAAAAACAAAAAAGAAAAGAAUAUGAAAAUAUUAUUUAUUGUACUUUAUAAUUAAUUUAAUUUCAAAUCCUAUUUCAACUGCAAAUACAAUUCGAACUCGAAUUCGAAUUCGAGUUGGCAAUUCAAUUGCUUUCACUUGAGCGAAGCAUACAAGAUAAACACACGCAAAAGAGAGAGCAAUUAAGGAGGAGCAUUGUCAGAUCUUCACUCCGAUCGAAGCGCUCUCUCUCGCUCUCGCUCUCUGAUUCGGACUUAAAGCGCCACAAAAGAGAAUAUGCUUCUGCGUUUUUUGAACAUUGAAAACAAUAUUUUUUUUUAUUUUUAUUUAAUUUGGAUUUUUGAUUUGUAUUUUAGUUUACAUAUUUUGCUAUUGAUUUUAUUUCUUUUACUUUAUAUUUAUUUGUAUACUCUGUCAUUUUCCCACACAUAUACACUACACCCACACACACAUAUACACAUGCACAUAUUAUAAACCCUAGCGAAUCCGGCGCAUAUUAUAUGUAGAGAUAUAUAACCAUAUAUAUCCAAUAUAAUGUUAAGGUCAUUGUAAACCAAGUGACUCGACAACUAAAAAAAUAACUUGUGUAUCGAAUUGUGCUUUUGUUUUUUUUUUUUUUUUUUUUAAUUUAUUUGAUUUAUGAUUUUGAUUUUAUCUGUUUUGACAAUUUCUUUUCGAUUUGAUUUCUUUUGAUUAUGAUUAUGAUUACUACUCAAUAUACUUAUGUUUAAUUUUUAUGAUUUUUAUAAUUUGAAUUUUUGCCAACAAAAUAAUAACUACAAAAAAAAAAGAAAAAAAAUAUACAAACAAUAAUUUUUCAAUAAAAAACACUUGAUAAAAUUGUCGCAUAAUUUUUUGGUUUUCAUUAUUUUCUGUGUAUCUCUUGUAUUAUUUUACUUUUGUUUAAAUCUUUCUUUAUGUUUGUUACUUUGUUAAAACUUUUGUUUUGUGUGUAUGUCUCUUCACCCACCAGUUCGUAAACGUUCCCUUUGUGUGCACAGACCGGAUCUUAUCCUAUCAUUAUCAUUAUCACCCCAGCCAUUAUACCACACAUUCAAUCGAUCUCCUGUUUCGCUUUCUGUGAAGAGCAAAUUCCCAAAAUGGAAUACCAAAUAUUCCAGUCGUAAAGCUAGUCAAACGUCAGAAAAAUUAAUGAUCUCAUCGCAUUCCCAUAAACCCAAUAUUUUUCUAUUUUGGGGCAGGAAAACCUAGUCAAAACAGUCAAACCGCGGCCGUUUCUUUCAUUUUACUAAACUACUUUACUCAAGUAUUUCGUUUAAUAUCUUCAAACACACACACACACACACACACACAUUCCACUAAACGAAGAACCUGACGAACUGUACGAAAUGUUGCAAUUUUAACUAAAUGCGAUAUUAUUUUUGUUGUGUGCAAAACGAGAAUUUAAUUGAUUUUAAUUGAAUUGAAUAUAAAUUAUGAUUAGUUAGCCUUAGUCUUAUGCUUAGUUAUCGUAUAUAAUCUAUAUAGUAAUAUGCGCUUAUUAUUUAUAUAUACACUUAUUUAUACAACAAUAACAACAAAAAAGGCGAACCUCAACUAAACUAUAACUUAAACAAAAAAAAAGUAUAAUAGUUGAAGAGAAAAGCAGCAUAACAGACAAGAUACGCCAGAUAUGAAAUAUGUAUAUUAUGAUUAUGAUUAUUACAUUAUGAUCAAGAUCAAGAUGCGAUAAUUUAAUUUUUUUAUUAUAUCGAAUACUUAAUAAUAUUUAUCCAACAUUCCAAAUGAUAUUUCAACAACAACAAAAUGGAAAACAAUGCAACCAAAAAAAAAAAAAAAAAAAAAAUCUAAAAAAAAAACAAAAUUAAUAUUAUAAAUGUAUUUGCAAAAUAUAUGAUUAUGAGUUUUUCUUGCUUUGCAUAUCGAAUACACUAAACUUGGUUCCGUUAUCUUUCAGUUCACGUUCAAGUUUGGUAUCCUCAUUCAUUGAGUUCUGUUUAUUUGACUUUCUCUGCUCAUUUAACACGUUUCUUUCUAUUUCGAAUCGUAUCUCUUUUCAUUUGAGUUCCCCCCCUUCCCCCGCUAUGUGGCUAUGUGGAUUUCUAGCUUCGUCUAGUCUAUAGUCUAGUCGCUGCGUUCAUUUCCGAGCUCAACGUGCGUUCUCCUUUUUUUAUAUGCGUUUCGUUUCCUUUUUGUUCCCCAUGCGCUCUUUCGCUCUCUCUUUUUCCUUAGUUGAAUUCUAUGAGCUCUUUCACUCUCUCGCUCUCCUGUUGAUCUCUUUUUCUCGUACACUUGCCCCCGCUCCCCUUCCUCUGUUCACUGUUCAUUCAGGGAUAUCGCGUUCAGUUCAUUCAAGCUUUUUCGUUGAACUUUUGUGAUUUUGUGUAACUAUUGCCAUUAAUUUUUCUUACAGUGUAAUUUGAAACUCUCAUACACUUACACCAACACCAACACCAACACCACUUCCACAGCCACACACAGUUUUUCUCCAAAAUGUUUCAGUUGUUGUGCUACAGUCUCCAACCAACGAAGUGUUCCAUCUUUAUAUAAAAGCGUAUAAGUUUUUUUUGCGCAGUGUAUUUACAAUCUACUUAGUUUGAUUUUGAUUUAGUGUGUAAGUAUGUAAGCCAAAUGAACUAACCCAAAAAAACAAAAACCAAAAAAAAAAAAUAUGCAUACAAACAUAAAACAAUUAUGAAAACAGAACAUAAUUAUUAACAUAAAAAAAAACAAAUAACAAGCGAUAAAAAAAGAACUCUGAAAAUGGAUAUAUGAACUUUUUGCUUUUCACUUUGAUUUCAUUUUGUUAACUUGCUCAGUUCUUUUGCGCAGUGUAUAUCUCUCUUACUCUCAUGUUCUCGCUCUCUUUCUCUUCACAAACAUUUAAAAUAAUGAAAUCUUUGUCCGAUUUUGCUGAAGUUUUGAGAAGCUCAACAAUCCAAUUCAGUCGUCCGAUCUGAUUAAUUGCGAAAUGACAAAUUUAUAUGAAUUUUUAAUCUGAAACUUGAGUGAAACAGACGAACAGACGGACAGACGGACAAAUGAUGAUUCAGGUCUUGAAUAUAGAUUUGUUUAUAUCUUCCUUUUAUACUUUUUACUCUCGUUUGUUUUUCGGUAAGUAAAAUGGAAAAGCUGAAAGAGACAGACAUGGCAUAGAGUAUAGAUGGAUCAGAGAUAUAACAUCGCCCCAAAACAACAUACUCUCGUACUUAACCCAAAAAAAAAAAACAUAAACCAGGCUAAUAUAUAAUUUCAUUUGCUUUCCUCUGUACAGCGUUAAUUUUCCUCAAAUAAUAAACAUCGCCCAUGAUGAGUUUUGACUUCAAAAAUGGUUUUUUGUACUCUUUUUUCUAUUGUAGCUAACCAAAAAAAAAAAAAAAAAAAAAAAAAAAAAAAAAAUAAUAAUAAUGAUUAAAAAAUGAGUCGAAUGCAUUUCUAAUUUGUUUCUUUCUCUUGAUUUAUUUUCAGGCGUGUGUUGUUGUUCGAUUUUGAAUUGAAUUUGACAUUUAACAUUUACAUUUAACAUUUAACUUGACAUUAGUUAUAUUAAUUAAUUAAUUGAAGCGCAAUAAUGAUUGUAUAAUUAUAUAUGAUUCCAUUCGAUAUUGAUUGUAAUUACAUUAUUUACAUACUUGGUCCAUAUGCACAUACAUGUAUCUAUAAAAAAGAUAUGUAUGUAUAUUGCCAUAUAUAUACUCGUAUAUAAACCACACACACACACAUUAUAUAUUGUAAUUUCCUUGAUUUAAUUACAGUUAACGCAACGCAACAAAACAAGACAAACGAAAAACGAAAAAACAAAAAAAAUUAAAACAAAACAACUUUUAUAAGUUUUGAAGAGAUCAGCAAAAUAUCAAAUAGCUUAACACAUUUCCUUAUCCCCCUUUAAACCCCUUUAAAAAGUAGAGAAAGAAAAGCGUACUGAACGAAAAUAUUCUUGCAGAAACUCACACCCUAAAUUGAUCGAUAUAUAUGUACAUAUGUAUGUACAUAUGUUAUUUUUUCCGUUUAUGUUUUCGUUCAGAAAUAUCUAUACAGGAUUAUUUGAAUUAUAUGUAUAAUUUGAACUGCAAGAAUAUUGGAGGCCAACAAAUGAAGGAGGAAAAAUACAAACCCAAACCAUAAAGCUGACACCGAUCACCGAUAGUUGUACUUAUAAGCAAAGCACAUUGAUUGAAAGUUCAGAAGGAGAAAUAUUGUAUAGUUUGCGUUUGGUUUUGAAUGUCUUUAUUUAGCAUACGCACCUAGAAAGUCGAGAAAAAUAGCCUCGCAAUUAUAGUCUAGUAGACCAAUGUCUUAGUCCUUAUCCCAAAGUUAGAAUAUGUACAUACAUACAUGUAUGUAUGUAUGUAUGUAUAUUCGUUUAAUAAAAUGUCGCAUAGCGAUGACCAAAGAAGUAACAAUCACAACCAACUGACAACUCUAAACAACCACCCGCCGAUCUCUAUUUACGUUAUAUAAAUAGAUAUAUGUAUAUUAUAUAUGUAUGUAUUUAUAUAUAAAUGCUUUAUUUGAGUAAUCCCAUCACCCGAAAGAGUUUAUUAAUUUGAAGAGCUUACUUGAUCUAAAGAAAAUGUUCUAUUGUUGUACUUAUGUAUUAUGUAUGAUAUUUUGUAUUGUAAAUAAGUGUACACACACACACACACACACACACAUCAACAAUGAUUUCUUUUAAUGUAACGCUCUUUGUUUCUCCCCCCUCCCACACACAACACACAACAAACACACACUAUAUCUAUCUCUGUCUGGCACAGAGUAAAUGCUUGUGCUCAUCAACAACAAUAACAACUUAAGUUUUUGCGUUUUAGCAUCAUAUUUUCAUCGGUUUUAUCGAUUUGGAUUAUCGAUUAUUGUGAUGUAUAAUUUUAAGUUAUCCAAUUGAUUGUCUCUCUUACUACGUAUUAUCUAUGUACAUACAUAUGUACAUAAACAAAAUCUAAACCAAAAAUAAUCACAAACAAAUAAGCAAUAUUUCGAAGCUAGCGAAUUAAAUUUGAAUUUACGGUUUUCGUUUUCGGUUUCGGUAUUUCGAUAUUUGAUUUGAUUUGUUGUUUUUGUAGAUUCAACACCCAGCACCAGAGCCAGCUACGACGGCGGCCAAUAGACGCGACUUACAUAGACUUAUAGACUUCAGGGGCAACCCACCCCCUUUCCCAGCCAUUAUGCACCACUUAUACUCUAUAUAUAUGUAUAUACAAUAUAUUAUCUAUAGUAUAUGUAUAUGUAUGUAUGACAGUAAAACUAACAAUAGACCGAGAUUUUGUUAAUUUAUUACUUGCAUUUUCGUUUUCGAAUCUCAGUUCAAAGUCAAGAACUUAACGGGUAUCCUCUUCAGUUCAUUUGUAGAUUAUAAAUAUACAUAUACAUACAUAUGUAUAUGUACAUAUAUACAUAUAUAAGUUACUAUAUACUAUAUUGGUUUUUGCAGCUUUUAUAAAACGUAUUCUUAGCAAUUUUAGCAUUUUGAUUGACGUAAAUUUCGUUACGAAUUACGAAUUGUUUCCGUUUUGUUUUCUUUCCUUUCUCUUCUGUUCUUUUCCUUUCUACAUGCCACACACACACAUUAUUACGUAUUCACCAUUCAUCAUACACACAUACAUAUGUAAGUACAUAUGUACAUAUAUGCAAUUAUUUGAUUCCGUUUCAAUUCACAGUAAACAACUCUGUUAUCAUUUCGUAUUUUUUUUUGUUUUUUGUAUUUGUAUUUAUUUGUUUUUUGUUCGAUUUAGUUUUGAUUGUUUAAAGAUUCUUGGUUUAGGUUCCCAAAAUACAAAUUGAAAACAGACACUGCCAAAAUUAGAAGAAAUGUUAUUAAACUUUCGUAGGUUGUCAAUUAAUUAAUAAGAAAACGAAAAUGAAUUCAACAGAAUCCUAAGACUGAGAUCACAAGAAAAGAAUGCGUGCAAGCGAAAAGCAAUGAAUAAUUAUGAUUAAAUAACGUAAGAAAAACGUUAAAAAUAAUAGAAAAAAAUAAAAAAAAACAAACAAAUCGAAAUGCAUAAAUCGAAAACAAAAAUCAAAAACUUGGUUCAUUAUGAAGACUGUGAUACGGGAGCUAGCUCCCAGCUUCAACUACAUAGAUCUUAAUGCAAAAAAAAAAAAAAAAAACACCAACAAA